AAGCCCGCUCCAAGGCCAACCAUCAAACGCGCACGGCUCUCUGAACUCUAAACCUGCCUCCAACAUUACAAUCGAUUAAUUUCAGCUCAUAACAAUCUGUAUUGAUCUUCACGGCGGAAGCGCGUUAGAACGCGCUGGUUCCCGUCCACAUCAUGGCCGCUCGCAACCGACCACGGGCUGGCCAGGUCAAGGACGAGGUAGACGAAGAGCGAAGCAUAUGGAGUCAGAUACGAAGUGAUGCUAAGAGAGGAGACCAGCUUCUGAAAAGCUCGAAUGAGCUCACAAAGCAAAUUGUGGACCUGACUGAGAAGCAAAAUACAGCGAUAGCACGCGGCGAAUCACCUUCCGCGGCUGUAGACACCGAGCUAGAGGAGUGCCUCCGCGCAAACAUCAAACUAACCGAAGAGCUACAAAACCUGAUCGAAAGCGACAACGGCAACGACAUCCUCAAAUCCCUCGAAAUCCUAGCUGCCCUCCGCGACGCUCACGAACCAGAUCCAACAUCACGUGCUGGCAGCGCUGGCAAAUCGCAACGAGACCGCAACACGAAGCGGAAGCACACCGAGACCCUCGAAGAUCGUGAGAGCAUAGAGUCGCCCGGCGUCUCAUCCCCGAAAGUCAUGAUUCCUACUUCUGCGAGCAGGUUGGUGAAGAGUGCGGCUUCUAGGGCCAACUCGGUUCCAGUUGCGCGAGAGGGCUCUGUGAAGGCGGAUGAUGGGGGGGAGAGUGCGGAUUCAUUGAAACUCGCCUCCGAGAAACAUAAACUCCAAGUCACCACCGAAGUGCUCUACCGCAACAAAGCCAAAGCCGCCGAAGGCGAAGGCAUCCUCUGCAGAGUCACGUCCGUGAUCGGGGAGGGCAAACAGCGCCGCUACGAAAUCAUCGACUCAGACCCCGACCCCCCAACCCCCUCCCUCCCCUACCGCGCCUCCGUCAACCACCUCGUCGCCAUCCCCCCGCCCUCCGCGAACACGACCCUGCCCGACCUCCCCGCCAAGCGCCAUGUACUCGCGCUGUAUCCAGGCACCACCACGUUCUACAAAGCCGAGGUCGUCGCUACCUGGACGCUGAAGAACCGGAAAGAAGAAAAGAAGGGGGAUGGGGAUUAUUUCGUACGGCUCAGAUUCGAGGGUGAAGAUGAGGCGGAUCGGGAGUGUAGUGUUGAGAGGAGGUAUGUGUUGCCGGAUAGGUAG